AUGAAAUAGCCAUUGUUAGAUAAUUACUAUAAAGAAUUAAACUUAAACUAACUUUAUUCUGUUAGAUCUUUAAAAAAGACACCUUUGGAGAGAUUAAGUCAUUAAAAUUAUUUUGUUCCGAACAUUUUAAGUCCGAAGAAUAAUAUUUCGAAUAGGAGUAGUUUGAAGGGAGGAGAUGGAUUAGUUAUAUAGAAGCUUCAUCGUUCUUAAAAUAAUUCAAGAAAUUUACCUGAUAUUUAGAAUGGACAAAAAGGAAUGAAGAAUAACUCUCAACCUUACCUUCAUCAUGGAUAGAAGAAGUAAUAUAAGAUUCAAAUAGAACCAUUGGAAGAGGAACGUUUAGCUAUUCCAUAUUUGAGAUUGAAUUUCAGAUUGAAAUAUGGAUAUAAAAAAUAAUAUUAAGAUAAGAAACAAAAAAACAGCAUAGAAAGUGAUGAUCUCAAAUUUUAGAAUAAUAAAAGUGUUAGUCUAUUUAGAGAAAAAUAAAAAGAUUUUAUACAUAAAGUUUCAAUGCAAGUUUAAGAGUUAUUAUUAAAAGAGAAUUAAUAAAUAAGUUUUGGUUUUGAUAGAUUAGAAAAAGAAUUGUUAUAAUAAAUGAAAUGA